AUGAUAGACGAUUAAAUAAAAGACAAGUUUACUUCAACUAAACCAAANUCUAAAGAACAAAGGAAUUAAUAAACAGAAUAAAAUCAAAAUGAAUAAGAAGAAUCAUUUUGGAGUUCAUCAAUGAAAAUAAUUUAAUCAGAACUUUCUAAUACUUAUUCAGCAUUUACUAAUAAAAUUUCUGAAAUAUCUACUUAUACUUCUACUUAGUUACCUAAUGUGCCAAAGGAACUCAUAGAAAUGAAAAAUUCAGUUUUAGAAUAUUCCUCAAAUUAUUUUAAUUUUUAUGAUUCAAUUUCUGAAAUUAAGGAUAAUAUUUUGGAAUUCUCCAAUAAAAUUGCUUCCUCUAUUCAAGAAUAGCUUAAGGAAAAUACAAAUAAUAUGUAAAAUAUAUUUAAUAAUUUAACAACUACUUUUGGUGAUUAUGUAAAUGGAAUAAAUGAUCUUUUUGAAUUUAUUUGGCAACAUAGAGAAACUAUAAAAGAAGCAUUUGAGUAUGCUAUAGAGGUUCUUAAAGAAUAAUAUGAUCAAUUUUUAAAUACUUAAAAUUUUAUAGAAAAUAUGAGAUAUUCAAAGGAAGAAAAUACUUGCGUGAAUAAUUUUAUAGAGUACCUUGCUAAUACAUGA